AUGAACCAGGCCUUCUGGAAAACCUACAAGUCCAAAGUGUUGCAGACUCUCAGUGGGGAAUCCGAGGAGGACCUGGCAGAAGAGAGGCAGAACCCAGCAAUAGUGGAGUCUGAGCCGGCAGAACCGGGCGAGGAGGCCUUCAAUGCCGUGUCACAGCUGGCUCGCCGGGUCCAGGGGGUGGGGGUGAAAGGCUGGCUGACCAUGUCAUCUCUGUUUAACAAAGAAGACGAGGACAAGCUGCUGCCACCGGAGCCCAGUGCCGACCACCCCCUGGCGGCGCGACCCCCCUCGCAGGCGGCGGCGGCGGCGGCAGAGCCGCGCGGGCCGGGAUUCUGGGACGCGUUCGCCAGCAGGUGGCAGCAGCAGCAGGCGGCCGCGGCGUCCGUGCUGCGCGGCGCCGAACCCAGCCCGGAGCCGGAGCCCGAGCCCGGGGACGAGGCCACGGAGGAAGCCGUCGAGCGCCCCGAGCCGCGGGAGGCCGACCCCGCGGCCGGCUUCAAGUGGGGCUUUCUCACCCACAAACUGGCCGAGAUGAGGGUGAAGGCCGCACCCAAGGGCGACUAG